AUUCUGUGUUUUGCCAUUCACAGCAGAGAGAGAGAGAGAGAGAGAGAGUGUGGAAUCAGUCAAUCAGAGGUGAAACAGUGAAUCUAGAUCGGAUUUCCCCGCGAGAAGCCAGCAAGUGAGUGGAUUCAGUCGAGCUCUUGAACGGCAGCAGACGUCAAAGGAAUUGGGCCCAAACAAAAUUAUCACGUAGACCCACGUAGACACCUAUAUAAAUUCAUACGCGAGCCGAGCACAUCUAAAACCCUAGAACCUUAAUCGCAGCUGCUCCUCAGCUAAGGCAAUGGCUCCAAAACAGCCGAACUCCGGUCUCUUUGUGGGUUUGAACAAAGGGCAUAUCGUUACCAAGAAGGAACUGGCACCUCGCCCUUCUGAAAGAAAAGGGAAAACCAGCAAACGGGUACAUUUCGUUAGAAGUCUCAUUAGGGAGGUGGCUGGUUUUGCUCCUUAUGAGAAGCGAAUCACCGAGCUUCUUAAGGUUGGCAAAGACAAGCGCGCGCUGAAAGUGGCUAAGAGAAAGUUGGGUACCCACAAGAGGGCAAAGAAGAAGCGCGAGGAGAUGUCAUCUGCUCUUCGAAAGAUGAGGGCUGCUGGAGGUGGAGAGAAGAAGAAGUAGACUACUGUAGUAAGUGAUUAGCAGAGAUGUCUUCAGCUUAUUGGUUUUGUUAAAGUUAACAUUUGUUUCUUGGUAAUUUUGAGUUUUUCAUGCGAAGGAUAACUUCAUUUACAGAUUUACAGUUCCCUAUUUCUGAAGGCAGCCUUAAUUUGUGUUGGUUAUUCUUCCUAGGCAAAAAUAUGAUGGCUUGUUUCCUUA